AUGAAUUUUCUUUUUAUUUCAGAAUCAGGCCUAUUGAAAUCUCGUCGAAAAAUGUAUCCACCUUUACCAACAUGUCAAAAUUUUGUUAUACCAGAUUUUAUAUCAAAAAUUAUUGAUUCAAUACCAUUUUUACUAUUUGAUCAAACGCGUGAUGAAUUUGGUGGUCGAUUACUUGUUUUUUCUUUACGAAGUCAAAUGGAUUUAUUAUUAAAAGCUACUGUUUUAAUGGCUGAUGGAACAUUCGAUUAUUUGAACAAAUUUAUAGUUUAUUCACACUGUUCUUCUGCACUUCUUCUAGCAUAUCCUGUUCUCUUUGCAUUAACAAGCAAUCGAAAAGAAGCAACAUAUAUUGCUAUUCCCGAUGUUAUUCGUACAGAAGCUCAACAUCAUGGGGUUUCAUUUGCAUCACACAUGUUUAUUAGUGAUUAUGAACAAGCAUGGACGAAUGCGGUGCAGAGAAAGUUAAUAACUACAUCAAUAUCCGAAUGUUGGUUCCACCAUGUACAAGCUAUAUAUAGAUGGAUUCAGUCAAAUGGUCUUUCAAAAACUUAUCAAGAACAUUAA